GCCACCGAUCUUUGGUGCCGGUGUUGCUGUGGACCUGUCAUGACAAGCGAGUGCAUACAUAAACCUCCACGUCCUUUGGCAUGAGACCCUAGAUUCAUGCUUGUUUCUUUCUAGCCUCAAAGUCUUUGAGCACCUUAAACACGCAACAAUGGCUGCUGCUACCGUUCAUGAUACUUUUCUGUUCAGAGACACUUUCGGAACUGAAGAGAUUCGAGAGUGCUUCUCUGAACGAUCAUAUGUCUCGAAAUUAAUCGAGGCAGAAUGCGCCCUGGCUCAAGCAGAGGAAGACCAAGGCGUGAUUCCUUCGGGAACUGCCAAAGUCAUUCGUGAGCAUUCUGAUGUAUCAAAAAUCGAUUGGCCUUUGCUUGCAAAGAGGGCAGAGGUUGUUGGUUACCCCAUCCUUGGUCUCGUCGAACAAAUGGCUUCUUGGGUUCCUCAUCAGCAAUCCGGAUACAUCCAUUGGGGUGCUACGACACAAGAUAUCAUGGACUUGGCUUCGCAACUGCAGAUCAAGAGCGGUAUCGCAAUCGUGGAGCGCCACAUCGAUGAAACAAUUAAUACCCUCGAGUCGAUGUCUUCCAAGUACCGCGACACGCCAAUGGCAGGUCGAACACAUCUACAACACGCUCUACCAAUCACUUUCGGUUACAAAUGUGGUGUUUGGCUUUCUGGGCUCCGACGUCACGCUGAGCGUCUCCAACAAAUCAAGGAAAGGUGCCUUCUUGUGCAAUUCGGCGGCGCUGCUGGUACUCUAGCUUCGCUAGGUAGCUCAAAUGACGGUAUUCGGGUACGAAAGAGGCUAGCCGCCAUCUUGGGUCUCAAGGACCCCGUUAUCACCUGGCACGUCGCUCGAGAUACCAUUGCUGAGGUUGUUAACUUUUUGGCAUUGAUUGGAGGUUCAUUGGGAAAGAUUGCGCUUGAUCUGAUGAUUAUGUCGUCUAACGAGCUUAAUGAGGUUGCUGAGCCUUUUGUACCUCAUCGAGGAGCAUCGUCAACGAUGCCUCAGAAACGAAACCCCAUUUCGAGCGAGAUCAUCCUAGCACAAUCUAAGAUCCUUCGGGCACAAGCAGGGCUGGUAUUAGAUGGUAUGGUAUCAGACUUUGAGCGUGCCUCGGGACCUUGGCACCUAGAGUGGGCUGCACUUCCGGUUGCGUUUAUCUCGGUAGUUGGCUCACUUCAUCAAGCAAACUUUGCACUAUCAGGCCUACAAGUCAAUGCUGGGGCAAUGAAGGCCAACCUUGAGUCGACACGAGGGCUCAUUGUUGCUGAGGCUGUCAUGAUGAAACUCGCUGAGUUUGUAGGACGACAAGAGGCUCAUGAAAUCGUCUACGGUGCAGCAGCUGACGGCAUUGGUUAA